CCAUCCUCUCCCUUUUCCUCAACGGCAGUCAACAACCACGGAGACCUCACCCCUCCCCGACCCGGAGAGGAGCGACACGUCACCUUCAUCGACAAAGAAGGCCAGUCACACACCUUCGAAGUCGCCGACGGUGACAAUCUUCUCGACAUUGCGCAGGCGAACGAUCUCGAGAUGGAAGGGGCGUGUGGGGGGAGCUGCGCCUGUAGCACGUGCCAUGUGAUUGUGACGGAUGAAGAGCUGUAUGACAAGAUGGAGGAGCCGAGUGACGACGAGAACGACAUGUUGGAUCUGGCGUUUGGGUUGACGGAGACGAGUCGUUUGGGAUGUCAGGUGAAGAUGAGUAAGGAGCUGGACGGAGUGGUGGUCAAACUCCCUUCCAUGACAAGAAAUAUGCAAGCCUCGGAUUUUGCGGAUAAAAAGUGA